AUGUCCGAGGCCCUUCCAAGCGCUAGGGUGACUUUGCCCGCGCUAGACAUCCGCCACGAUACAAAAAACCCAUACUCGGGCGCCAUGGGGUACCUGGUUAGCCUCCACGGCGACGACGUGUUGCUACGUUCCGCCACCGAGGUAAUCUGGCUCACGGGCGGCGUUGUAAACCGCAAAUUGACAUACGGAGAACGAAUUGUCGCCGCCACUUUCACUGUCUUCAAGACGCCUGGUAAGGCGCUAGCGGUUAUUCUAACAGAACGCGCCCAUAUCUACUUUGUUGACGGUCGCUCACAUAUCGUAUCAAUACCGUUUCCACUUCGCAACGCGUUCCCCUUCGCGCAGGGGCUCAUUCUUGCGCGCGAGGAUAGCGCGAUGUUCUACACGCUCACCGACCCGUUGGACGACUUUGGAGCGGUUGUUUCGGCCUCCACCAGCGCCAUAGCCGCCACCGAGGAGUUGGUACUCUUUCCGCGCGGCCUGACCUGUCUCGGGGCUACGUACACCGCGGGCUCCGUCACCAUCUACCAUGUUCGACAGUUGGUCAAGCCAAAGAAAAGCGUGUCAAAGAGCUCGGGGAAGGAUGAAGGGGGUGAAAAGCGCUUUGUUCUGGUGUCUGAGCACCGGUUGGUGUCAGAAUCCCACAGACUGGCCUCAGAAUCUGACUCCCUGCCAAAACUCCGAAAGGACAUUAUCAUGACUCGGCUUGAUAGCCUUCACGUUUCGGGGUCCAGAAGCAACCUCCACGUGUUUUCUGUCGCCUACGACACGCAAGAGGCGGUCGUAAUUGCCAAUUCUGGCUCUCAGGAGGCCCAGGUGGUGAUUUUCGAUACCCAGAGUGCGGUACCCUGCUACAGCCGUGUUUACACGUUCCGCUGCUUGGAUUGUCUUGCGCUUGCGCGUGCGUGUCGUCCGGGGUAUAUUGUGGUACUUAGAGACCCUGCGACACUCUGCCUCGUGAACCCGUUCUUGGGACUUGUUUCGCCGGACGUCCGGAUCGGUCGCUACUUUCUGCCCAUUGCCCGUCUCGCGGACAGCUGCGGAUGCGAUAUCGCCAUGAUCGGGGCGAACCGUAAGCACUACACCCUUAAGUUGUUGGUCAGCCACUCCGAUGAUUUGGUACGGCGGAGCCUUCUGGCGGUACGGUACUUGGGCAGCGAUUUGACGGCCGAAAUCGUCUGGCUCCACUGGGUGUGUGCGAUGUCGUUGGAGAGCGGCGACUGGGAUGCGUUCGUGGUUACGGUGCUUUCUCUUCUCCCUAGAGAAGUUUUGGAUCAGGUAAAAGCAAAUCCACAGGUAAGAAAACUCCCCCACGCAUACACGCUCCAGUCCUCCUUCCACACCACCCAUCCUCUUCCCGAGAUGCUUCCCCGAAUGCUACUUGCGUUGCACCUCCUCCGUGAGGAUGCCAUUCUAGACGUCACGGCGACCCACCAGGUUGAGCGUUUGGGGUUUCUUCUUGCCCAGCUCAGCCUCUGGCUUGGCUGGAGCACUUGGCACACCUACUAUAAGCAAACUCCCUCCCUCCUCGACCGACGAAUUCUCUACCCGUGCGAGCAGCCACUCCAAACACCCCCCAACCUCUUUGCCAGCUGCGUAAGCUUGUUUCUGUACGGCGACAUCGUCCCUUAUACCCCGUUUUCACAGCUCACUGAUGAAUCUCAGGAUAUCGACGAGCUCAUCACGCCGCGCACCUUUUACGUACUCCGCCUCUUUGAGGUGAUGAUCUCCUCGGAGUACCCCUCUCAUGUGAUUGACCUUAUGGUGGAGUUUGGCUUCACCGCCGCGUACCUCGAAACUUUCCCCGCGGGCGUAUCCAUCCCGUUGAAGGAGUUUAUCGCAAGGUGCCGCGACGAUACGCCCGUGAACUGGACUCCCGGCGCCCUAGAGCUAGUGUCCCGCAAGGACCUCACCACCUUCCUCGACCCCACGGUCAUCACCAAGCCCUCGUACCCCGCUACCGCAACAAGAGACAUCCACCAGAUCCUACAGUCGGCCCUCGACACCGAGACGCUCGCGGCGUGGGACGGCCAUUCCGAGGCCGAGCGAAUUAAUACCACCAAGUUGCGCUUCUCCGAAGACCGACGCUUCUACGAGAUCACACGCUUGCUCCAAUCCUCUCGCACGCAGGCCGCCACGCUCUUCACCACCGACACCUCGGACCAUGAGCUGAUCGAGGCCCAGCGCGAGCUUGCGGCCCUCGCGGCGCUCCGCACGUUGACCAUCCCGCUCGGCCGCAGCGCGUUGUUCUUUUCCAGCCGGACGCCGUUGAUGACGGAAAAGUUUCCCAUUCCCAAGCUCAACUUUGACACGACAAUCUCCCCGAUGAUGAGCACUAUCAGCGUGCCGGUCGAGUCGCUAGAGGAGAGUCAGUACCACUGGGGGUACUUCCACAAUGGGGCUUCUGCCGGGCUCUCCGUCGCCCAAGCAUCCGGGCUCUCGGGUCCCUCUAUUUCCGGCUCGUGGAUCGUGUUCAACAAGCCGGUCCAGCUCAACCCGCAGCACGCGGGCUUUCUCCUUGGCCUCGGCCUCAACGGCCACCUCCAAAGCCUCGAAGAAUGGCAUAUCUACAAUUACCUUGGGCCCAAGCACACCUACACGUCCGUGGGUUUGUUGCUCGGAAUGUCGGCGAGCCAUCGCCGGCUGAUGGAUGUCAAGCUCACCAAGGUACUCUCGGUGCACGUGGUUGCGCUACUUCCGCCGGGAGCGAACGACUUGAACGUGGACAUUGCGGUGCAGACGGCGGGGUUGGUCGGCAUUGGGCUCCUCUACCUCGAGAGCCAGCACCGCCGGAUGAGCGAAGUAUUGUUGGCUCAAAUCAGCGGAACGGUGCUCCACAACGACAAGGAGGUGGUGGACGAGAGCUACCGCUUGGCCGCGGGAAUUGCCCUCGGAUACGUGAAUCUCGGCAAGGGGGGCGACCUUAGAGGUCUCCACGAUACCUAUGUCGCAGACAGACUUCUCGCGAUGGCAGUGUCGCCCCGAGACUUCCAGGCGGCCCAACAGUACGACAAGUCCGCCGCUGGCGCCAUUCUUGCGUUGGCUUUCAUCUACAUGAAGACCGACAGUCCUGUCGCGGCCAAAUUGGCGGCGCCAGAAACUGAACAGCUUCUCGACUACAUCCGGCCAGACCUCUUGCUCUUGCGCUGUUUGGGGCGGAACCUUAUCAAUUGGUCGAAGAUCGGGUGUUCGCGGGAGUGGGUUGACUCCCAGAUCCCGCUCUGUCUUCUCCAGCAGUACGCUGUCCAGACGAUUGGGUCGUUGGAUAGUGAUCAGUUGGCAUAUUUGCAUCUUAUCAGCGGGGCCUGCCUUGCCAUGGGCUUGCGUUACGCCUCUACUGGCAGUCUCAAGGCCAGAGACACAUUGGUGUACUACAUGGACGCGCUCAUGGCGCUUUGCACGUUGCCCGCACUCACUCACGACGCGAAGCUCGCCCAGCGUGGCGUCUUGUCGCUUCUUGACCUCGUGGCGCUCUCCAUGGCGCUUGUCAUGGCCGGAACCGGAGACUUGGAGACCUUCAGACGGUUGCGGUUUCUCCAAGGACGGGUCUCUAAAGACGUGGGGUUCGGCAACUACAUGGCCGUCAACAUGGCGCUCGGUCUUUUGUUCCUCGGCGGUGGCCAGUACGCGAUUGACAGCUCGAACUUUGCCAUUGCGGCCUUGGUCACGGCAUUGUAUCCGGUGUUUCCGAAGCAAAACACCGAGGUGCACUUGCAAGCGUUGCGCAGCUUCUGGGCCCUUGCAGUCCUGCCGCGGUGUUUGACCGUGCGCGACGUUGCAACCGGCAAGUCGUGCCAGGUUCCCGUUCAGAUCGAGCUUAAGUCGGGGAAGGUGGUACGGCUCCAAUCGCCCUGCUUGUUGCCGAGCAUUAGCGACAUUUCCCGCGUGAAAACGGCGUCCAAUGAGCAUUUUGAGGUGGUGAUAGACCUACUGAACAGGCAGCACGAGGAGCUCUUCCGCAAGUCCCUUUCGCUAUAUGUCUACAGGCGGGACAACUCUCGGAUGCUCAGGAAAUCUACCGACUCAUUGUUGAGUGCAUACGCGCAAAAGAGCGAGGAGAACCACGGGUUGAUGAAGCUCAAGGUUUUUGACCAGUUUAGUGAGUUGGAGAAGUGGAGCGCAUGUGGCAAGUUGUCGGUGAUUGACGCAAAAAUCGAGAUGGCUAAUUUAGUGCGGGCCCCCAAGACGGUGGAGGACUUGUGGAAUGUGAAGUUGAUUUUUGCAUUUGCCGAGCGAAUUUUAAGCGACGACUUGCACUAUUUGGACACGGAGUUUGUCGAGCAGCUCAAGUUGCAGGUGUGGAGCAUCUCCAAUGAGUUGAAGUAG